AUGGGUAUUUCUCGUGACUCCCGCCACAAGCGCUCGGCCACCGGUGCCAAGCGCUCCCAGUACCGCAAGAAGAGAGCGUUCGAGAAGGGUCGCCAGACCGCCAACACCCGUAUCGGCUCCAAGCGUAUCCACCUUGUCCGCACCCGUGGUGGCAACCGCAAGUUCCGUGCUCUCCGUCUCGAGUCCGGUAACUUCUCGUGGGGCUCCGAGGGCAUCUCCCGCAAGACCCGUGUCAUCGUCGUCGCCUACCACCCGUCGAACAACGAGCUGGUCCGCACCAACACCCUGACCAAGUCCGCCGUCGUCCAGAUCGAUGCCGCUCCCUUCCGUCAGUGGUACGAGGCCCACUACGGCCAGCCCAUCGGCCGCAGACGCCAGCAGAAGUCCGAGGUCCCCGAGGAGAAGAAGAGCAACAGCGUGCAGAAGAAGCAGGCUGCCCGCUUCGCCGAGUCCGGCAAGGUCGAGUCCGCCAUCGAGCGCCAGUUCGAGUCCGGCCGUGUCUACGCCGUGAUCGCCUCGCGUCCCGGCCAGAGCGGCCGUGUCGACGGUUACAUCCUGGAGGGUGAUGAGCUUGCUUUCUACCAGAAGGCUAUCCGCAAAACAAAAAUGCCAUCCACCAAAACCCGCCUCUGCCUCCUCUCCGACACACACACCACCCUCCCCGCCUCCCCAGCCCACACCACAAACCCCUACCGCCACCCCCUCCCGCAAGCCGACGUCCUCAUCCACGCCGGCGACCUCACAAAAGUCGGCCGGCUAGAAGAACACACCCGCAUGGUCGACCUCCUCGCCUCCGCCCCCGCAGAACUCAAACUCGUCAUCCCGGGAAACCACGACAUCACCCUCGACGAGGAAUACUACCAUCGCAUCGGACACUACCGCCAUCGCUAUCGCUCAGGACACAAGGGCUCUCUCCCCCAAGAAGGCCCGAUCGAAGACCCAGCGGUAGUAAAAGCGCUCUACACGGAUGAGUCGGCCCGCGCCGCUGGAAUCGUCUACCUUGAAGAAGGCACGCACCGGCUGCGCGUGCCCAGCACAGGGGCAACGUUCACGGUGUACGCCUCGCCGUGGACGCCCGAGUUCUGCGAGUGGGCGUUUGCGUACAAGCGGGGCGCGGUCGACCGGUUCAACCCGCCGUCGCCGCGGCGGAAGCUCAGCGAGGCUCAGCCCGGUGCGAAGCGUGCGUUUUCGGCGCCGCAUCCUGCGCCGGAUUUCCCGGACGUGGAUAUCGUGAUUACGCAUGGGCCGCCGUAUGGGGUGCUGGAUAGGGUUGUGCCGGGGGGGUUUAGUGUGGGGUGUGAGGAUCUGUUUAAAGCGGUUGAGAGGGCGAGGCCGCUGUUGCAUGUGUUUGGGCAUAUUCAUGAGGGGUAUGGGGCGGUUAGGUACGAGUGGAGUUCGAGGAACGAGUCGAUGGUUCAGUGUGAUGGGGAGAAGACGGUUAAGGAGCGGGGGGCGUAUAUUGAUGGGUCGGCGGGGUCGGGGACGCCGUUGAGGGUGGGGGAUGAGACGCUGUUUAUCAAUGCUAGUGUUUGUACGGUUGACUAUGAGGCGGUUAAUGCGCCUUGGGUGGUGGAUUUGGAUUUGCCUAUUCAGGUUGGGGGGUGA